AUGACACUGGAGGGGAAAGGAAUAUGCUCAGGCAAGCAUGCCAUCGCAGAUUACCUCAUUGAACAUCAAGAGUUCCAACUACUUGAGUUGAACAACAAGAACUACCCUCGGAUAACUGAUGACCCGGAAGACGAUAUUCGGUUACAAGCUUCGGAACUCAGCACCAAGAGGAAUUCGGAAUUAUUAUUCGACAGCGUCGAAUCCCUCCUAGACUUUGCAACGAAAAGAUGGAGGGAGCGCUGGGUCACAACGGAUAUUUGGGAUGCUGCGACCAUAGAGCGUUUUCUUCAACGACCAUUUUUCCUCCUAGUGAGCGUUGAUGCGCCAGUUAGUCUUCGGUGGAAGCGGUUCACAGAUAGGUGCCGAAGGAGACAGCUUGAUCCUCCUCCGCUUGAAAGAUUUGUUUUAUGGAACGAUCGGCACCUUUACGAUAAAGAAAUCGGACGCGCCUAUCUGACGGAUCGUGCGCAAGUGCGAUUGUUCAACUCAUGCUCUUCUUUGGAGGAACUGCAUGCUGCUCUAGAAGCCCUGAAUCUCGCCGAUGAGCAACGUCUACGUCCAAAUUGGGACCAGUAUUUCAUGCAACUAGCUUCACUCGCCGCGCAGAGAAGCAAUUGCAUGAAGAGAAGAGUGGGCUGUGUGCUUGUUAGGGAGCGCCGUGUAAUUAGCACCGGAUACAACGGGACUCCUCGGCAUCUUACCAACUGCAACGAAGAAACUUACAUCGACCAGGUCCACGAUGCAAUCGUGGAGAAGGAGGAGGUGUUGGUCUAUCGACAUGCCUUUGCCUUCAUGCUGAAGAGAACGCUUUGUUGGAAGCAGGCCGAGAGCGUAUACGUGAAGGCUCAAUACUCUAUUGCGAUACGUCAGAUUCCCCAGCCCCUGCUCGUUGCUUUCCAGAUGUUGAUGAUCCAUAGAUGCCCUUGCUUGACGUGUACAGUCAAGAUCGCCCAAGUCGGUAUAUCGGAAGUCGUGUAUUCCCAAGGAUACAAUAUGGACCAAGAAGUUUGUCUGAAUCACCACACUUUAGUAAACGCAGCUAACAGGAGGCAGAGUGCUGCGAUCUUGAAAGCUGCUGGAGUAUGUCUGAGACAGUUUUCCCCGCCUCGAAACGGCCUCGUCUACCUCCAAAAUUCUCAGAACAUUGCUUCAGAUUUGCCAUUGAUCGUCAGUCUUUCCGUAUUGAAGCACAGCACCUUGUCUUACGGCUUGAGGUACCGGACUGCUGCCAUGCCGACUGUUCACCUGCUCGAUUAUGUCGCAGGAAAUGUCCGCUCGUUGGUGAAUGCAAUUAACAAAGUCGGGUUCGAUGUUGAAUGGAUCAAGUCCCCAGCCGAUAUUAAAAAUGCCGAUAGACUCAUGGUACCCGGAGUUGGCCAUUUCGGCCAUUGCCUCUCUCAGCUUUCCGAAGGUGGCUUCCUGGAACCGAUCAGACAGCAUAUAGAGCUGGGGAAGCCCUUCAUGGGUAUAUGUGUUGGUCUGCAGGCGCUUUUCGAGGGUUCUGAAGAAGAUACUGACACCCCCGGAUUGGGGCUGAUCCCACAACGAAUGCAGAAAUUCAACGCUGACACGAAGAGCGUGCCUCACAUAGGCUGGAAUUCUGCUAUGAAUACAACCUCUGAGCGGCAAACUUUCUAUGGGUUGAACCCGAACAGCAAGUAUUACUACGUUCAUUCCUUCGCAGCUCUCUACAAAGCCGGCGUAUUAGAGAACGAUGGCUGGUCAGUUGCUACGGCCACGUACGGUGAUGAAGAAUUUAUUGGCGCCAUCGCUCGGGGAAAUAUCUUUGCAACGCAGUUUCAUCCGGAGAAAAGCGGACAAGCUGGACUACGGACUCUCCGUGCGUUCUUGAAUGGUGACAAAUACCAGCCAAUCGGAACGGAGGGUCUGGAGGCAAGAAAGAGGGAAGACGGGUUGACCCGCAGGAUCAUCGCCUGUCUUGAUGUCCGUACGAAUGAUGCUGGUGAUCUGGUCGUCACGAAAGGUGAUCAAUACGAUGUGCGAGAGAAGGUCGGCGUGGACGCAGGAGGUCAGGUAAGAAAUCUGGGAAAGCCGGUUGACAUGGCAAAGAGGUAUUACGAGCAAGGGGCGGACGAGGUCACCUUCCUCAAUAUCACGUCUUUUCGGAAUUGCCCGCUCGUAGAUACCCCAAUGUUGGAAAUAUUGAGAAGGACAUCGGAGACCGUCUUUGUUCCUCUGACAAUUGGAGGCGGUAUCAAGGACACUAUCGAUCCUGACGGGACUCACAUUUCUGCUCUGGACGUUGCUACAAUGUAUUUCAAGUCUGGGGCCGAUAAAGUCAGCAUUGGAUCGGAUGCAGUCAUUGCAGCUGAGGAGUACUAUCGUCGCGGCGAAAAGCUUACCGGAAAAACUGCCAUCGAGACAAUUUCGAAGGCUUAUGGAAACCAAGCUGUGGUUGUGAGCGUUGACCCCAAGCGAGUUUAUGUCACAAGCCCGGAUGACACCGAGCACCACACGAUCAAAACGAAGUACCCGAACGCUAGCGGCCAGACUUAUUGCUGGUAUCAGUGCACAAUUAAGGGUGGCAGAGAGAGUCGUGAUAUUGACGUCCGACAGCUAGUGAAGGCUGUUGAGGCCAUGGGUGCUGGCGAAGUUCUACUGAAUUGUAUCGACAAGGACGGAAGUAACAGUGGAUUUGACCUGGAGUUGAUCAACGAUGUCAAGGCUGCUAUCAAAAUCCCUGUCAUUGCUUCAAGCGGGGCUGGUGUGCCAAAGCAUUUCGAAGAUGUCUUCCGAUAUACAACCACCGAUGCGGCAUUAGGUGCUGGAAUGUUCCACCGUGGCGAGUUUACUGUUGGGCAGGUCAAGGAACACCUUCGGAACGAGGGAUUUCUAGUCCGCAACUCCGAAAGCGACGAAUGA